AUGGUCAACGUAUAUCAAUAUUCUGAGUCCCAGGAUUUAGCACAUUGGUUGGGUCAGUACAUCGUGGACGUCCAGAAUGACGUGCUGAACAAGAAGAACGGGGGUACUGGAUCUAGCUUCAAUAUAGCGGUCAGCGGAGGAUCUUUAAUAAAAGUGCUCGAGCGGGCGUUGCUCCAGGAUGCUGAGAUAGCGCCACAAGUGCAGUGGUCCAAGUGGAAUGUGUAUUUCUGUGAUGAGAGAUUAGUUUCUCUAGAGCACCCUGAUUCCAACUUCGGAGCGUUUAAGAAGUAUGUUCUCGAACCGUUGGCCUCUUCUGGAAGUCACAUACUCCCUACUGUAUACACAAUCAAUGAGUCGUUACUCGAAAAAGGUACCAAAGAAUAUAUAGCCGAAGAUUACUCAACCCUACUUCCCGAAGGUGCUAUCUUGGAUCUGAUUCUCCUGGGAUGCGGGCCGGAUGGACACACCUGCUCACUAUUUCCCGGAAAACAGCAUCGCUAUUUGCUCGAGGAUCGUGACCGCCCAGUGGCAUGGUGUAAAAAUUCCCCCAAACCCCCAAGUGAUCGAAUUACGUUUACAAUGCCUGUUCUGGAGAAAGCAACAGCGUUAGCGUUCGUAGCUGAAGGAAGUGCCAAAAGGAAUGUGCUGGAGAUGAUCUUCAAACAGAAAGAUUUGACACUACCUUGCUCUCUAGUCAACCACCAUUGCGAGAAUAAGGUAUCUUGGUUCGUAAACAACGAAGCCCUCGAGGGACUUGGUGUCCCAACAACUACUUAUCCCAAUAAGAACUCUAGAGAUCAUCUUCUGUCUACCCGUAUGUAA